AUGCGCCUGACCCUCGAUGAAGCUCUCCAAUUGAAGGAAGCCCGUGAUAAAAAGAUCAGGGACGAUUGGAUCCGUGUGAUGGAGAUGCGAAUCAACCAAGAAAAGUUGGCCGAAUGUUACCGGACUGAAGGCGUCAACUCGUACGAACAAUGCGCCCACCUGGCGCAGACUGUCAUCUCGCAAAUACCGGAAGGAAGAAUCCGGGGCUUUCGCUUAUUAGAACAACGACGAAACAAUCAACCCAGUACCUCAUAA